AAAAAUAAAAUAGAGAAUAAGAAAGGAGAAUCGAUGAAUUUUAGGGAGCAAGAACAACCAAAGAACGGAAAUAUUUAUCAACAAACUUGCAAUUGAUUUAGGGCCACACAAAAACCCACCUCCAAUUUAUUGCCCCAUUGCAUUAUCCCCUAAAUUCCAUAAUUCUCGUCGCCUCUCUUUCUGUUCUCUCUCUCUAACCCAAGGAAAAAACAGAAACGCAUUCAGUGUGUCACUGCGUGCGCAGAGAAACUGAAAAUGGCGGCAGAAUCCGUGAUGAAAAUGCCAUCCAAUGCUUCUUCAGCCCUCUGCAACUUAAAUGGUUCCUCGCGGAGGCCUCUGCCGCCUGUAUCUCACUCCACACGACGUCGUAGGAGCACUUCCUCCGCCACAGUUCGAGCUCUUUCUUCUUCGUUUCUUGGAAGUCUUGCGAUUGGCUCUACUUCCACAAAGCUCUCAACCUUGCGCCAAAACCACCAGAGGAGGAACUUCUCCGUCUUUGCUAUGGCUGCUGAGAGAACGAUUCCAUUAAAGGACUACCGCAAUAUUGGAAUUAUGGCACAUAUAGAUGCGGGGAAGACCACCACGACUGAAAGAGUCCUAUACUACACUGGUAGAAACUACAAAAUUGGUGAGGUUCAUGAGGGAACAGCAACGAUGGACUGGAUGGAACAAGAACAAGAAAGAGGCAUCACGAUCACUUCUGCUGCAACCACCACCUUCUGGAACAAACACCGGAUCAACAUCAUUGAUACUCCUGGCCACGUUGAUUUCACCCUAGAAGUGGAGCGGGCGCUCAGGGUUUUAGAUGGUGCGAUAUGUCUAUUUGACAGCGUUGCUGGUGUGGAGCCUCAGUCUGAAACUGUCUGGAGGCAGGCGGAUAAGUAUGGUGUUCCUAGGAUAUGUUUUGUCAAUAAGAUGGACCGGCUAGGAGCAAAUUUCUUUAGGACUAGAGAUAUGAUUGUGUCGAACCUGGGUGCAAAGCCGCUGGUGCUUCAAAUCCCAAUCGGUGCAGAGGAUACUUUUAAAGGAGUUGUGGAUCUUGUGAAGAUGCAGGCAGUGGUUUGGUCUGGGGAAGAAUUGGGUGCAAAGUUUGCGUAUGUGGAAAUUCCUGCUGAUCUUCAAGAGUUAGCUGAAGAGUACAGGGCCCAGAUGAUUGAAACCAUAGUUGAGCUGGACGAUACAGCUAUGGAGAACUACCUGGAAGGAAUCGAACCAGAUGAGGCCACCAUCAAGAAGUUAAUAAGGCAAGGGACUAUAUCAAGCAGUUUCGUUCCUGUUUUAUGUGGCUCAGCUUUUAAGAACAAAGGGGUUCAGCCUUUACUGGAUGCUGUUGUAGAUUACUUGCCCUCUCCUGUGGAGUUGCCACCAAUGAAAGGGACGGACCCUGAUGACCCAGAGUUGAUUAUUGAGAGGGCUGCCAGUGAUGAUGAACCAUUUUCUGGAUUGGCUUUCAAGAUCAUGAGUGAUCCUUUUGUGGGUUCUCUUACAUUUGUGCGGGUGUAUUCUGGGAAGCUUGAGUCUGGGUCCUAUGUAAUGAAUUCAAACAAAGGGAAGAAAGAGAGGAUUGGUAGACUCCUGGAAAUGCACGCUAAUAGCAGAGAGGACACUAAAGUGGCCUUAACUGGAGAUAUUAUCGCGCUCGCAGGUCUAAAAGAUACAAUUACAGGAGAAACGUUGUGUGACCCGGAGAAGCCUAUUGUUUUAGAACGGAUGGAUUUCCCAGAUCCUGUGAUUAAGGUUGCAAUUGAGCCAAAAACUAAAGCUGAUAUUGAUAAGAUGGCAGUUGGCUUAAUUAAGCUUGCUCAGGAAGAUCCGUCAUUCCACUUUUCGCGGGAUGAAGAGACCAAUCAAACAGUUAUUGAAGGAAUGGGGGAAUUGCAUCUUGAAAUUAUCGUUGAUAGGCUCAAGAGGGAAUAUAAGGUUGAAGCCAAUGUUGGAGCACCCCAAGUCAACUAUCGGGAAAGCAUUUCGAAGGUCACGGAAGUCAAGUAUGUGCACAAGAAGCAGUCUGGUGGUGCAGGUCAAUUUGCGGAUAUCACUGUCAGGUUUGAGCCACUGGAAGCAGGCAGUGGGUACGAGUUCAAAAGUGAGAUCAAGGGAGGUGCAGUGCCAAGAGAGUACAUACCCGGUGUGAUGAAGGGAUUGGAAGAAAGCAUGCCGAACGGAGUGCUGGCUGGCUACCCUGUGGUUGAUGUUCGUGCAGUAUUAGUGGAUGGGUCUUACCAUGAUGUGGAUUCAAGUGUUUUGGCGUUCCAGUUGGCUGCCAGAGGGGCGUUUAGGGAAGGGAUAAGGAAAGCUGGACCUCAGAUGCUCGAGCCAAUCAUGAGGGUAGAAGUCGUCACACCUGAAGAGCAUUUGGGAGAUGUGAUUGGUGAUCUCAACUCAAGGAGAGGUCAGAUCAACAACUUUGGAGAUAAACCUGGUGGCUUGAAGGUGGUGGAUGCCCUGGUACCUUUGGCUGAGAUGUUUCAGUAUGUCAGCACUCUUCGAGGAAUGACCAAGGGCCGUGCUUCCUACACUAUGCAGUUGGCCAAAUUUGACGUCGUCCCCCAACAUAUUCAGAACCAGCUCGCCCAGAAGGAGGAGGCUGUUGCUGCUUGAUGCUAUUUCUGAGAUUUACAGGGCUACGAGUAGCACACCAGACGAUGAUUCUUUAUGCAAGGAACGACACUCGAACGUCACAUAACAGAUCUUCACCGUGACGAAGAAAGGUUGAGUUGUCUGCUUUGUUCUUGAACUUGCCAAAUCAGUUUUGGUUAGAUAAGGUAUUGGAGUGUUUACAAAGUAUCCAUGUACAAAUACAUUGGUUUUGUGGAAUAAUAGAAUUAAUUUUUUGUGCCAA